AUGUCAGUUAAAAUCACCACCAAGGAACAAGCAGAGAAGUUAAUUUCCUCAUAUGAUUAUUUCUUAUUUGAUUGUGAUGGUGUUAUAUGGUUAGGUGAUCAUUUAUUACCUUCAGUAAGUGAAACAUUAACAUAUAUAAAAGAACAAAAUAAAAAUAUAAUAUUUGUCACCAAUAAUUCAACUAAAUCAAGAGAUGAUUAUCUUUCAAAAUUUGGUAAAUUCGGAAUUAAAAAUAUUGCAAAAUCAGAAGUGUUUGGAUCUUCAUAUGCUUCAGCAAUUUAUAUUGAAAAAAUUUUGAAAUUACCAAAAGAUAAAAAUAUUUGGGUUUUAGGUGAAGAAGGAAUUGAAAAAGAAUUAAAAGAAUUAGGUUAUACUACAAUUGGAGGAACAGAUCCUAAGUAUAUGGAAAAUGGAGUUAAAUUUGAUGCUAAUGAUCCUUUAUUAUCUCAAAUUGAUGAAAAUGUAGGUUGUGUUUUAUGUGGAUUAUGUUUUCAAAUAAAUUAUUUAAAAUUAUCAAUGACUAUGCAAUAUUUAAAUAAAGGAUUACCUUUUAUUGCUACGAAUAUAGAUUCUACAUUUCCAGCAAAUGGUAAAUUAUUAAUUGGUGCUGGAUCAAUAAUUGAAACUGUUGCAUAUGCUACAAGUAGACAACCUGAUGCAAUUUGUGGUAAACCAAAUCAAUCAAUGAUGAAUUCUAUAAAAGCAGAUAAUCCAAACUUAAAAGAUAAACCUAAACGUGGAUUAAUGAUUGGUGAUAGAUUAAAUACUGAUAUGAAAUUUGGUAAAGAUGGUGGAUUAGAUACAUUAUUAGUUUUAACUGGUAUUGAAACUGAAGAGAAUGUCAAGAAUUUGAAUAAUGAUGAACAACCAACUUAUUAUGCAAAUAAAUUGGGGGAUUUAUAUGAUUUAAUUUUUUUAGAAUAG